CAGGCAGCACGGGGAUGCUGCGAGAGAGCAGAGAGAGGUGUUCAGUCGCGCGACGGCUCUCGCCCCGGCCAGUCGAUUGAGCCGUGUUACGCCAACAGCGGCCGGAAGCAGCCGCGUGAAAAAGUUGGCGCGAGAUCACUUCCGCCGCGCAAUUUUUCCGGUGGUCGAUUGCGAAGCGUGCAGCGUCCGCCUCUGAUCGCCCGCGUGCGAGGCGGACGAGUGACUUUCUGAAGCAACCACCUGUACGUCGUCACAACCAUCGCCGUCGUCGUCGCCGUCAUCACCGGAUCCUCGCACAUCAGCAGACGCGCGUACGCACUAAGCCGGGAACGACCAAUCGGGCUCUCGCCACUGUGUCGCGCGCGACCGGCGAGCAUUCGCGGCCGCCUUGCGCGAAAAACGUGGUCGUCCUCGUUUGCGCGUCCGAGGGUCAAUUCUUGGAGUCAAGGUCAAGGAAUUCCUGGGGGAAUGCAGAUUCGACGUGAUCAGUGAAUCGACUGGAAUCGGGAUCAUUGAGAGCGCAGAUACGAGGGAAGGAUUUUCUCGAUGAAGGUCAAAAUGAGGAACACUUCUGAAAUUCCAAACGCAUCAAACGACCGUAACUCACCCUGUUUGACGAGACUCGUUUAACGUUAUCCAGCUCGGAAGUUGAACGGAGGCGAUUCAAGUCUGCGACAGUACAGAAGGAACAUGUAAUUUAAUUUUCGCUGGACCUCGCCGGGGGUAACGUGACAUGAAUAAGUUACAUCGAGCGAAUCGAAGUGAUCGUUGACGUCGGGCAAUGUGGGAAACAUAAAAUGCGGCGUGUUCAUCCACUCUGAAGAUGCUGGUGGAUGAUUGCGGAGGCGGAAUGGGGUGGACUACAGCUAGUGUACGCGGGGGAUGGUCCACCCCGGGAGGAUGCAGAAAUUCGGCCAUGAGCUUUGGCGGUAGCGUGCCAUCCUUGCACCCGACUGGUUCGAUAAGAUCGUUGCGUUCACAACAUUCCAUGCAGGUUCCGCCCGAGACACCACGAAGAUGCAUACAUUGUCAUCCGGUACAUAUACCCAGCACCCCCAAUAAUUACAUACAACAUCCCAUGCAGUACUAUACACCAACUCAUUGCAUGGAAGGACAAAAUGGCACGUAUACGCCGCACCGUGGGAGUUCAUAUCACGGUGACACGCGUCUACGUUACAUGGACGCCGAUGAAAGCAUGGGAAAUACGAACUGGGUUCCAGGCGACUUACACAAUCUACACCGCUGCGUACCAGCGUUUCGUCGCACAGGUAUAGACGUUACUGGUAUGCGGACGCAUUUCUAUCCGGAGGGUGGCUGGGGCUGGUUGGUUUGCGCUGCUGGUUUCCUCGCCCUGUUGCUCACCACCGGGAUGCAACUCGCCUUCGGAUUACUUCACCUUUACGCCGCGCGGCAUCUUGGUGAGCACCACUUGAUGGACAUAGUGUGGACAGGGGCGUUGAGCGCUGCGGUUUCCCGUGGCUCGGCGCCGUUGGUCGUCGGCGCGUGUCGUCGUGGCAAUACAAGGCUUACGGCGGUGAUCGGUGGCCUCGUGCUGGCUCUGGCAUCACUCUUCACCUCGUUCGCCCUCCAUACACAUCAAGUGCUUCUUAGCUACGGGGUCGUGCUGGGCGUAGGGACUGGCCUCGUGAGGGAAACCGCCGGGUUGGUGUUGGGCAAUUACUUCAGGAAACGACGAGAGUUCGUCGAGAUGGUGGUGCAAGCCGGCACCGGCGUGGGAAUAGCACUCUUCAGCGUCUUCUACAAGGAAGCAGUCGGGAGGCUGGGCUGGCGACUGGGACUGCAAUCGGUAACGGGAGCACUCUCGUUGGCCUUCUUCCUGGGGCUGAUCUACCGGAGUGCCUCGCAGUAUCAUCCUCAACGGCGAGUCAUGCUGCAUCUAAAGAACCAGCGCAGCAAAGUCAAAGAGAAGAAAUCUGCUACCAAGAUCCCGAAGCAGCCGCUGGUCGAUCUGAGCCCUCUGGGAUCGCGUCCUGUGAGGAUGCUCAUGCUGGCCGCCGGUGCUGCCAGUUUUGGUCUUUAUACCCCUGCCUUCUAUAUCGCACUGCAAGGCUACCAGGACGGGUUGGAGGCCAGUGCUCUAGUGCUCUUACAGACCUGUCUGGGGUUGGCGGCGGCAUUCGGGUGUGCAGCUUGGGGGGUAGUUACCGCCAGGCCUUCUGCUCAGUGCCUAGUGUCCAGGCAAUAUCUCUGCCAAGCAGCGCUCAUUGGAGUUGCCGUAGCUCAAGUGGCGCUUGGUAGCGUGCAAGGUUAUCACGGACUUGUACUGGCCUCCGGGCUUUACGGCGCUUCGCUCGGUGGUGCGCUUUACUCCCUCAAGAUGUUGGCCUUGGAAAGGCUGCGAGCAAGACACUUCGCUCGAUCGUGGGCUCUGGUACAAGCCGCAGAAGCGCUACCCAUCCUUCUCGGAGUUCCUCUUACAGGUUACAUGAACGCUAGCAGUCCACGGGUGGGCUACUACGCGUGCACUCUGAGUUCCUUGUGCGGUGCGGCACUGCUGUUCUUGGUCGGCUGGGGACGGCAACCGGCUUCACCUAUCCUCCCAGGACCUCGUCUCACGAGCUUUGGCAUCGUGCCGCCACCGCCACCCUGCGCGUGCCCGCCACCCCCACGGCCCCGGCUACCGAAGUCGCAUUCCCUGCACGUGCCCCUGGACGUCGAGGACAAUAUGCGGGAUCGUGAGUUUGUCGAACGGAUUCACGACACUGAUCACUACUACCAUCCGCAGUUCCACGUGCCGUUACGACCGAGCAAGAGCGUGCCGGAGGGCCUCAGCCAUCAGGACCCGUAUCGGACCCGGCCGCGACGCCACCGCGACAUCACAGUCAUAGAACAGAUCACCACCAGCGUGUAAAAUAACGACGGUGGUAGUCAACCUUCCAACGCGCAACCACGAAAUUAGGCUAAUGGGAAGCAACGCCAGACGCUCGUUUCAACUUCGAGCCGAGUUUAACCGGGAUCCGGUCAUAUUUGCCUCAUUCUAGGACCGCUUUCGCGUUUGCUAUGUCCUCGCGAUAGUUGAACUAGUUGAGAAAAUAUCGUACGAUCAUAUUUUAUUGGGACACGAGUUACAGUUGUAUCCUCGAGAAGCUUCUGCUUUUUCUCAGCUUUUUUGCUUUACACUUGAAAGUUGAGCGAGGAGGAGCGCUGCAGUUCUUUUUGCUGUCGCUGCCGCCGUUAUAUUAUUAUUUCACGAUUGUUUAGCUUACUUUCUUUUUACGUGUGCUUUUCACGUUUGUCACAAGUGUAAUUUGCCGGGAGAUUUAAGGUUGCUCUUGAGAAAGGUUGGGGACCAUUAGCGUAAAAGCUGGUACGCAGUUGCAGGCACAGGCGGAAAGCAAAACGGGAAUCAGGAAAAGAAGCAAUGACGCACAAUAUGCACGCGGGAGAGACACUUACGCGGUCAUACGAAUAACGAAAGGAUAGUUAUAAUUAAUUACACAAUUGAUUAUAACUAUUUUAUAAAAGUAAAAGUACUUAAUAGUUAAAAAUUCUUUCGGAGAUAUCCCUACGUCUUUUUCCUACUAGGUAAACUACUAAUUACUAAACGAUCGAUUACUAAAUCGAACUAGUACACGAAUGAAGUUUAUAUUAUAGUCUAUAUCGAAUAGAGAUCAAAUUAAAUGUACUAUGUGCAUUAUAGGAAAGUACUUAUUCGCACACUGAUGCGCGAAGUAGUUGAAGUAUUACUGCCAAGGAAGUAAUUGUCUGAAUGUGCUAAGUGUAAUUCAACGACAGAAUGAUGAGGCGAAUACGAAGCUUCGUGAAGGGAAGCUUCCAGUGUAAAAGAAAAAGCUUGAUUGCUGUUUCAGGAUUCGCAAGAUUGCUAAAUAUUAUUUGUAUUUCUCGGAAAAAUUAGAUGCAUAAGAAGAUAAGUGAAUGCAAAUGGUAUGCAAUGAUUCGGGAAGUGAAUGACCUCGUUUCAUUUGUAAUAAACUUUACCUGGGUUUUCUCUUGUAUGUGCAGAUAAGCGCGUGAUAUGUGAAUCAGGAGUUUUAGAUGCGCGCGGUCAAAUGAGAAUGUCCUGAUUGGCUCGUAGACAUACCUGUCAUUUGCAUUUCAAGUGACUAGUAAACUUCGAGUUUGAUCUACAUUCGUGAGAGUUUGUACCUGUUAGCUCACUUUGUCGUUGACUGUGCGAUUAGCUAAUGCGAAUAGUAAUUGCAUAAGUAUUAUCGACACAUCGUUAUCUCCCCUGUCGUGUAGAAGUUAAAAACGCGCAAAAUAGCUCGUUUAUAUAUAAAUAUAUAUAUAUAUUAAGUGAUCAAAACGCGCAACAUCGCGCGCGUGUUACGUUUCGGGAUAGACAGAAUAUAUGUAUAGCGCACGGAGCUGGUCUCCGGAAACGCCGCCGCAGAAAUCGUUAAAUAUUAAUAAGAAUUUAAAGCGUCACGGACAUUCCGAGUAAAUCGGUCUCCAGGUCGAACGCUGACAAAAGAUCUCUGCAAAUAAUAGAUGAAUUAGAAUUAAAGAACCGAUAGGUGUCCGUUUUAUGCAAAACUGCAACCUUUUCGUUUCUAAAAUUACGCGUUUUGACCGUGUGUCAAAUUCUGUUAUAUUUCUGUCAUAUAUGCAUUUUCUUUUGUUCAGAAUUAAAAUAUGCUAAACAACCGUGUUUCUUAUCCUACGUAUUUAUACGCUAAAAGCAAAGGAUGUUAUCGUAUCGGCUCGUAUUAGCUGCAUAAUGAAGUAUCGAAUAUAUCUUUAGUAGCAUGUUCAACUAUAAUCUCAAAUCACUUUAUGAUAACAUAAUUAGUACCUGAAUAUUAAGUGCUCUAGAUAUCUAAUGUGAGGUGAGUGACGACGUAACUUAAUUACUUCUAUACUUUCUCGUAUGAUCCAUCUUGCUACAUGUCGAAAUUACACGCACAGUACGAACCAUCAUACCAAUCGUCUUCUUACGCAACUGAUUAAUCAAUGAAACGUAGAAAGUAUCCUAAAGGUAUUUACCGACUGUAAGAAAGUAGUUAUUAUAUAUGUACAGAUUAUAUAAAUCUCGUAGUUGAAUUUGUCGCGCAUUUUUCGAUAUUAUAAUCGGAAAUGCUGCAUUUAUUAACGACGAUAAUGGUGAAUACGUUCAAUAUACUAUAUAUAUAGUAUUAAAUAUAUACAGUAUAUUGAAUGUAUGUAAUCUCUGAAAAGUGGAACACAAUCGUUAUGGAAUAAACGAUUUAUAUUUCCUACGAUAUUUCGCCUGGAAAAUAUAAAUCAAUUAAAAUUAAUUAUAUUCUUUAGGUCACAUUCUGUUACACAGUUUUCUUCUUAGUUAUGUGUCAGUUACAAUUUUUGAUGUUCGAGUUGUGAAGUAAACAUAAAAGCAGAGGUGCGCAAUAUACAUACGGGGCCAAAAUUAAGUUUAAGCUAUAAUUUAUAAUCAUAAACAUACAUGUCAAUUACAUGAAUGAAAAGUUAAACAUUUUUUGUCUCGUUUCAAUUUGUUUCAUAUUAAAAUAAUUAUAAAUUUGUGCAUUAAAUUUAUUAUAUUAAAAUUCAAGUUUUUACAUUGAUGUAUAAAACUUUUGUUUGUAUAAAAAUAUUUUACAAAUAAAGGUUUUAGCAUAUGGGUUUCAUACAUACAAUGAAAAAGGUCCAGUUAGUCCUUCGCUAGAAUUUGGAUGUGCACCUCUGCGUUAAAUGCCAAAGUUUUUAUUACACAUUGUCACAACCAGUGCCAGUAAAUUUAUUACAAUAUAAAAAUUGUAGUUUAUAUAACGUUACGAUAUUUCUCUCUUGGUUGCAAUGGAAAGAUGUCCGAUUUCUUUAAAUCAAUUACUAAGAAUCAACAUAAACAUCACCAAUUUUAAGAUUCCUUACGCGAUCUGUUUUUACAUAUAUACAUAUAUACACGUAUAUAUACAUAUAUCUAACUUUUGAUGUGAUGAAUUGUUUGUAUACUGCCAAUUUUUAUAGGAUAUAAACGAAUUUCGAUUUUCAGUAGUGCAACAAAUGCAGUGGAGAAAAAUCACAUUAUUUUACGAAUUUAUCGAUGAGGAGAUAGAACGUUUUUUGUAUUUGUAUCAAAUAUUUAUAAACGAUAGGGCAGUUUUUCUUAACUAGUUUCUCGAAAUUAUUAAAUCGGGAUUGUUAACGAAUUUAUACGAUAGACGAAUAACUUAUCUCAAAUUAUAAGUAAUUUUAGCAUUUGCCACAUCAUGUUUUUUCACCUAUUUGAUUUAACAAUUUGUAAAAUUACUGUUCAUUAAUUUUGCAUCACUUAUAAAUUCUUAGUAAUUAAAAAUUAAUAAUUUUCAAAAUUUCUAUGCCAUUUUAUAAUUUAAAUUUUUUGCAAAUGCAAAUUUUCUGUUUACUAUAUAAUUAUAUAAUGUUACUAUUGAUAAAGAUAUGUUAACACGUAUAUCAUAAUUGAUAUACGUGUUAACAUAUCUUUAUCAAUAGUAAAUGUUUUAUAAAAGCAAUGGAUUUUGUGCAACGAAUGAUAACUUUUUGUUUCUGUGCUAAUAUACAUCUUAGGCACAAAAAAUUAAAAAAUUGAUAUAUUAAAUUUAUUAAUUAAAUUCAAUUAAAGUAAAAAAUAAUUAUACAUUUAAACCUCUCGUGACAAAACUUUUAUUUUUUUAAAUAUUAUUUCGAUUAAUGUUUUUUGUAUUACGUAAAACCAAAAUGUCAAAUGAAACAUAUAAACCGAAAUUAUAAACCGAACAAUAAUAGAUCGUUUUCCCCUAUUUUAUUCAUUAAUGAAUAUUAUUAUAGUGUCGGUUAUAUACAAGUUAUAAUCUUUACAAUAAUUUUUAAGAGUUAACCGUGCAUACUUACAAGAUAAGUGCACAAAGGGUUAAAUGUGCCUCGCAAUAGUGUAUGGCAUUUUAAGUUUCUAAAAUUUUAUAUCCGAAUUGUUUGAGACAAUGAAACAUGUUUAACAAGUUUCUCCAGUUAGACCAAUAUCCGAGCUUGGAAAUAUCUGGAAUCACGUUGUGUUUACGACGAAAAUUAUCCUAAUCCGAAAUAUCAUGAGAAUUGUAAUCCAGAUGUUCGAAGAAUCUGCGGUAAUGACAUUAACAUAUAACAGCUUGUCCUCAAUCGAUUCUUAGAAAUCGCGUAACUUCGUUGCCUUGUAAAUAUAUCUAAGCAAGGUUCCCCUAUUGCAACACGUUGAGCAUUUUGUAAAGUUUUAUAAAUAGUUCUGCGUAGUUAAACAGCUGGACCAAUAAAGUAUAUAUCCGAUUGUA